GGCGGCGCGGCGGGAAAACCGAUCGAUACUUCAACUUGUUGAGAGCCGUGAGCGUUUAGCUCUUGUGCUGCAAUAGUAACAAAGUUCGUGCACUGAUUGAAAUUAUGUGUGUUUUAAGGUCAUAAUAUCUGAUUAUCCUCCAGUUAAAUAAUUAAACAAAAAUGGCGUAUUUUUACAUUGUAUUUUUGGCAUUAUUAGUUGCCUGCAGUGGGUUAGUUUCUUCAACAUUCGUGUGGAAACAUCACAAUAAUGAGGAGUUACCCUUAGUUUUGGAAGAAAUUCACGAAAAGUGCCCAAAUAUUACAAGAGUGUAUGCAUUAACCGAACCAUCUGUUAGAAAUGUUCCCCUUUAUGUUAUUGAGUUUUCUGAUAGCCCUGGUUUCCAUCAACCAUAUAAGCCAGAAGUAAAGUAUGUUGGUAACAUUCAUGGCAAUGAAGUACUUGGCCGGGAGCUUUUGCUGGGUCUCGCAGAUUACCUUUGCGAACGAUACCUAAACCACGAUCGCAAAAUUAAAACCCUCAUCCAUACCACCCGGAUUCAUUUGCUGCCAGCAAUGAACCCAGAUGGAUGGCAGCUAUCUACUGAAACGGGGGCAAAAGAUUAUCUCAUUGGCCGUAACAACAAUCACUCUGUGGAUUUAAACAGAAAUUUUCCUGAUCUUGACGCAAUUACAUUCGAGUUGGAACGCCAAGGAAUUAAUCACAACAAUCAUUUAUUAAGAGAUGUCACUCGCCUGACCGCACCGGUGGAACCCGAGACUCGGGCUGUAAUAAGAUGGAUGAUGGCAAUACCAUUCGUGCUUAGCGCUGCGCUUCAUGGUGGAGAUUUGGUUGCCAAUUAUCCGUAUGAUGAAAGCAGGAGUGGGGCUCCUGUUUCAGAGUACUCAGCCAGUCCUGAUGAUGAUACUUUCAGGGACUUAGCGAUGACAUACGCCGAGUCCCACGCAGAUAUGGCAGACCCACAAAGGCAGGGAUGCCGUGUCUCCAACAGUGACGAUUCAACCUCAUACAACUUCGGAAAACAGGGUGGAGUUACUAACGGGGCGGCUUGGUACAGCUUGAAAGGGGGUAUGCAAGAUUUCAGUUACUUAGCAACCAAUGCAUUCGAAGUGACCCUAGAACUCGGUUGUAAGAAAUAUCCACCAACGGAAGAGUUAGAAGAAGAAUGGCACAAAAAUCGCGAAGCAUUGCUUGCGUUUAUAUGGAAAGCGCAUAUUGGGAUAAAAGGGAUAGUUGGGGAUGACUCUGGAUUUAUUAAAAACGCGAUCGUAUCUGUGGUGAAUAUUACGGGACCGGUGCCGAGACCAAUUCGACAUGACAUAACUACAGGUGACUACGGGGACUACUACCGCCUCCUGACCCCGGGCCAUUACGAGGUGACCGCAAUCCAUCCCGGAUACUUCCCUGUGUCACGAGUGGUUACAGUACCGCAUCAUCAGACCGCUGCCAGGAUCCUAAACUUCAAGUUAGAGCCAAAGACGAGUUGGUUCGACGACUACACGUACGGAUCAUUCCCGUACGGACUCCACGAUGGUCAGCCAAGGAUUUAUAAGCGAUCCCUUUACGAACAAGUCACCAACAUGAUGCUAGAGAAAAAGGACACGAAACAUUAGAUUUAUUAAAUAAUUUAUUCAUAAAUGUGUAUAAAAGUGUUUUCUUUCGCUCAAAGUAGUUUAAAACCAUAUUUUUCAAUACCGAAGCACUUACGAAGGCCUUCUAUUCCAUAUGUCAAAUCUAAUAUAUUUUAUUUAAUAAGUUAAAAUUGUUCUUAUUGUUAAUAAGCUCGGUACAAAACGGUUUCCAUUCCAGUCAUAUAAUUGUCAUUUCGUAACGUAAGAGAUCUUAAAAUAUCUUAUUAAAAUUGUUGAUAUAUUGAAAUCUAUAAAAAAUCUCGACGGAACAUUAUAUAACCUAGAUUCUUUAAAUAUCUUCAAAUCCUUAUUUCUAAAAAAAGAUCUUCCUAAUCACUUUAAUAUCAACUAUUCAUUGACAAGAAAGGUUUAGAAAAAAAAACAAAUGUAUUUGUCAAUUAUUUUAUAGUGGUCGUUCACUUCGUUGCUAGUUUAAUCAAAAAUAAAAAUGAAUCAAUGAAACAAAAUGUACUAUUUACUUACAAAAAAAUAUGGAAUAGUUAAUACAUCAAAUACGUUCUUAUCCACGCAUUACUGGACCCUUGUCACGAACUAUACGUCAAUUCUAAUAAUUAGCAUAGGUAUUAGAAAAAUAAUAGAUUUGUGUUCGUAAUACGGCCAUGUACCAACUAUUUUUAUUAGCGACACGAAGACGUUUGACCAACGAAUAUGCUGCGUAUGAUGAACUAGAUGAAUAUAUCGUAAAGUUCGUGCUAAGGCAAGUAUAAUCUUUCAAAUCCUCUAGGACAAUCUGUACAAAAUCUAAUUCCAAGAAAUCUUGUUCAAUUUAACGUCGAACUCGAAGUUGUUCGACUGUAAUUGGACCUCCUUAGCUUAAUUUAACAUUUCUCUUCAUAUCAAACAUCUAUUAUGCCAGAAAAUACGGUUUCUUCAGCGUCCCUUUAUACGAUUUACACUGAAUUUUGUCCCUGUAUUUUUUAAAACCUACAACAUAUGUCCGUAUUCCAUUUGUAUAUAGUUUGUUAAAAUGUUUAUAUUAUUUAAUCUGUGAAAUUUUAUUAGCUAUAUUUAUUAUCCCUUCCAAUUUUACUUGUACAGUAGUCAUUUUGAAAUAACUUAUAUAAAUAGUCAAAUGUGUAAUAAAUUUUAAUGUGCAACUGUUUGUUUUAUUUCG